CGUAUCAGCAGUAGAGGUCAAGACUCCAGAGGAGAUGUUUGUUGAGAAUGGGACAGAUGCAAAGCUUCCAUGCACGUUUACAUCCAUAGAAGUGAUCAGCAGUGCAGCAUCUGUUUCUUGGAGCUUUCAACCAGAGGGAGCAGCAACUCCUAUCUCAUUUUUCUAUUACGUGAAUGGAAAGUCAUACCCUGGAAAGGAUAUACCAUUUAAAGACAGGAUCACUUGGGCUGGAGAUCUUAACAAGAAAGAUGCUUCUAUCAAUAUAGCAAACAUGCAGUUCCGAGACAACGGCACUUACAUUUGUGAUGUGAAGAACCCCCCUGACAUCGUUGUCAGGCCAGGUGAAAUCCGACUUAGAGUUGUGGAGAAAGCAGCCUGCCACUCACUUGCUAACAAAACUUGGUAG